AUGGCGUCGCUGCAGCACCGUGGCGACGCCUCAGUCUUGGCGACCUCGCCUUCCGAUGAGCAGCUGAUGGGCUUUGUGGAUUCAAGGACUUCUGCUAAGGCGAAGAUGAAAACGCAAAGAAGCGGAGUGCCUUGCAUCACGAGCGGUGGCUGCCCCUUCGCCACUAAACAAGCAGCUCAGAACGACUCGCCCAGGGAGGACGUGUUAAAGGCUGAGCUCGCACUGUGCUUCGAGGAAGCCACCCGAAGGUUCUUGACGAGCAUUCGGAACUCGGCGAACAUCACGGAUGGGCUCGAUGCUGAUUCUGUGACGGCGUCGAAGGUGGAAUGCGCGUCGUCACCGUUUUGCCGUCAUCGCGGGGUGAAGCGGUGCGACGCCUCGAAUCCUUUCCGCGAGGCCGACGGCAGGUGUAACAACCUCGAGCAUCCCGACUGGGGAGCUGCGGGAUCCUGCAUGAGGAGGCUACUGCCACCGGCUUACGCGGACGGCGUGAGCUCUCCGAGGGUGUCAGUGAAGAGUGGACGCGCGCUGCCCAGCGCUCGCCGGUUGUCCUACACCGUGCAUCCCCAGCGGACGGCCUUCGACAGGAUUUGGUCCGCCAUGACGGUGCACUUCGCGCAGUUCGUCACGCACGACAUCAGCGCAGCCCUGGUGGUCGACGAGGGAGGUCCCGAGUUCUCCCAGAACCUGGGACGUGACACGUACGAGUGCUGUGGCGCGAACUCUAAUUCGGACCCCGAGUGCUUCCCGAUCGACAUUCCGGCCGAGGAUCCUUUUUACAGCAGCUUCAGAAGACGCUGCAUGAACUUCAAGCGCUCGGCUCCGUGUCUCACAUGCAGAAUGGGACAUCGGGAUCAAGUAAACUUUGUUACGUCAUACAUUGACGGCUCGCCGGUUUACGGGGUUAGCGAAAAUCAGACACGAAGCCUCCGCCUUCUAAACAGUGGAGAUCGCAGGAUCAACCAGAACUCUGGUCUCCUGUUGAUGCACACGAUAUGGUUUAGGGAACACAACCGCGUCGCAAGAAAAAUGGCACAGAUCAAUCCUCACUGGGACGACGAACGACUAUUUCAAGUCUCGAGGAGAAUUGUGGAGGCACGUUUGCAGCAUAUCGUUUAUAACGAGCUCCUAAAAGAACUCUUGGGCCCUGAAGGUGUGAAACGGAACCAACUUAGUCCCUUACGCGAGGGUUACACCACAUACGACGCCACAGUGGACGCUACUGUCUAUAACGAGUUCACAACGGCGGCGCUUCGGCUGGGUCAUUCACUCGUCGACGCUGACAAUGAGACAUUAUAUUUGCCCGACAAGCGCAAGUUAUACUUACCAUUGCGACUCAACUGGUUUAACCCUUUCGCUUUCUACGAUGCUGACGUCAUCGAUGCCGUCACGGCCAGCAGGUUGCGCAAGCCGCCUCAGAAGAUUGACAGGUACGGCACGUACGCUGUGACCAGGCACGCAUUCCGGUUCCCAGACGGCCCCGAUCCGUUCGGCGUCGACCUGUUCGCAUUCGACAUACAGCGGGGUCGCGAUCACGGAGUGCGACCCUACGUCGACUACGUGCACCACUGCUCACCGGACGUCCGCCUGAAUGCAUUCGAACACCUGGAAAAGCUCAUGCCCAGGGACGCGGCGGAGCUUUAUGCCGGCCUCUACGCUGACGUCAGGGACGUGGACCUGUUUUCUGCUGGCCUGGCGGAGGGCACGCUGCCUGCGUCCAUGGUGGGACCCACGUUCGCCUGCCUGAUCGGCCCCAUGUUCCGGCGGCUCAAGUAUGGAGACAGGUUCUACUACGAACACGGCGGACAGGCUGGUUCUUUCACUCCGGGUCAGCUUAGGACAAUACGGCAGACGACGCUAGCCCAUGUAAUAUGUGCUAACAGCGACGCCAUUCGGGAAAUUCAACCCAGUGCACUCAGGCUCGAGAGACCUGGAAACAGAUUGACGGCCUGCUCGAAGCUCACCGAUAUCGACUUCCUGCAGUGGAAGGAAAUAAAAUGAGUCAACUGUUCAA